AUGAACUUAAAUAUAAUUGUCCAUUCGAUGUACUCCUUGUCCUUAUUGAGAACCUGGACACAGGGCUAG